UUAGCCCUGCAUAGCAACACGAAAACAAGUCACAACACAGAAACAGGAAGCGCACCUGCUACGUGAUUUUCUCGCGAGAUUCAACGAGACUUGGUAGAGUUACCGUUCUUCUAACCUUGAGGGUCUAAAAUAAUGAAAGGGCUUCAGGUAUUGCGAAGAGGUUUCUCCACCUCCACCCUCAGAAAUGGAGCAGUGCGGGACCCCAAGAACCCUGGAUUCAUGGUCCCGAGGAGUAAUCCAGACUCUUGGUAUAGCUAUGAUAACCUUGUAGUCAAAAGAAUGAGAAAGUACUUGGAGCCAUCAAAGGACUUCACACACAACAGGACACCCGUGGGUAAACCCUAUACCAUUUUUGUAUGUGGGUACUUCGUUGUGUGGACCACAAUAUGUGCAGUGCAAGGCUUCAGAACAAUCCCAUUUGCUAAGAAGUCCUAAAAAGAACUAUUUCACCAACUUGCAGAUUAUGUUGAUACAGAAGUUUUAAACUUAUGAAAAUAAAUGUUUGAGUCAAAACUA